GGUUGAGGAGGCGAUAGAAGGGCUCACCAUGAGUAGCCAGGACGAGACGGCGAGUCUGCUGGUCGGGCCGUCCUUGACGAGCGCUCCAUCGCCCUCCAACUGCUCGAAACCGGUGCUGAUGAGACAGGAAUGCACGACCUUCCUAGUCUCCAGUCACCAUCCCCAAUUAUCCGUGUUUUCUGAUAGCGAGGAGGAUGGAUCACUCUGCUUGGAGGAGAACAGCACCAGAUCGGUACCGGACAUCGAACUACACUGCAGGCUGGAUCUGAAAGGAUGCAAGCAGAACCUAUCGACGAACAUCCCGGCAAGGAACCGGAGUUCAUCAAAUGCUUUCCAGCUGGCAACGCACUCGUCCUCGCCGCGAGGACUCCUGGACCGAAGGACCUCGCAGACGCCGGUCUCCACCUUGAAAAUAGUCCGGUCUGUAUCCAGAGAGUCCGUGAGGUCUGCGCAUCAUUGCACCUGUCCAUGUCUCAACGCUCCGGUCUCGUGCAGCUCUUGCCCAGUGGCAGCACCCGCUGUGGUCACGGCACUUCCGGGUACCCGAAUUAUCCGGCAAAGUUCGCAGCCAGAAGCAUCGGCUCCAUGCUGCGGCGCGAACUGCGUCCACGGGGCCACGGCUUCCACGUCCCUAAGGCAGCUCCGGGACCACAGCGAUGGCGGAAUCGCGGGAAUUGCAGCCGAUUCCCUCAGGAUCAACGGCGCCAUGCGGAAUUUCAGACAGGGUUCUGGACUUCUGAUGUCCUCCCAGACGAUGGCUCAAGCGCGCAGAACAAGGCUGAAGCGCGCCCUCACGGAGGUUACCAGCGACACAGUGUCCUAUGUGAGAACGUUGCGAAAACCGGUAUCGACGCUGUCCAUCCCUGGGGCGAUGAAGAACUCGAGCCGGGAUUCUGCAGGAGCCAGGAUCCAGCCGGAGGAGUCGGGGGUGGCGCUCGUCGGCCACGUGGACUACCCUCGCUACAUGGAAGAGCGCCAGCUCGGAGGCGGCGUCUACAAAGGACCCUCUUCGGGCAGUCUGAAGCACAAGCCGAACGUCGGCUACAGAUUAGGCAGACGUAAAGCGCUCUUCGAGAAGCGGAAAAGGAUUAGUGAUUACGCCCUGGUCAUGGGCAUGUUUGGCAUUAUCGUGAUGGUUAUCGAGAACGAACUCUCAAGUGCUGGCGUUUAUCGCAAAGACGAAUUUUACUCAAUUGCGCUCAAAACUCUGAUAUCUGUUUCGACUGUGAUUCUUUUAGGCCUAAUCGUGGCCUACCAUGCUUUAGAAGUGCAACUUUUCAUGAUAGACAAUUGCGCCGAUGACUGGCGGAUCGCGAUGACGUGGCAAAGGAUAUGCCAGAUCUCCAUGGAGCUGCUGAUCUGCGCGGUCCAUCCUAUUCCCGGCCACUACCGGUUCAUCUGGACCACGAAACUGGCUAAUAAAGGCGGCGGAAUCGGCUCUAAAUGCGUUCCAUACGACGUGCCUCUAUCAUUGCCUAUGUUCUUACGACUUUAUUUGAUAUGCCGGGUGAUGCUGUUGCACAGCAAACUCUUCACGGACGCCUCCUCUCGCAGCAUAGGAGCCUUAAAUCGAAUAAACUUCAAUACUCGCUUCGUGCUCAAGACGCUGAUGACUAUUUGUCCCGGCACAGUUCUCCUGGUCUUCAUGGUGUCACUCUGGAUAAUUGCUAGCUGGACGCUCAGGCAAUGCGAACGGUUUCACGACGAGGAACACGCGAAUCUGCUGAACGCCAUGUGGCUCAUAGCCAUCACCUUCCUGAGCGUCGGCUUCGGAGACAUCGUUCCGAACACGUACUGCGGCCGCGGCAUUGCCGUCAGCACAGGAAUUAUGCAGGGUGCAGGUUGUACCGCAUUGUUGGUGGCGGUCGUGUCCCGCAAGUUGGAGUUGACGAGGGCGGAGAAGCAUGUCCAUAACUUCAUGAUGGACACACAAUUGACGAAACGACUCAAGAACGCUGCUGCCAACGUCCUCCGCGAGACGUGGCUCAUCUACAAACACACAAGGCUAGUGAAACGCGUCAAUCCAGGCAGAGUUCGAACCCAUCAGCGCAAAUUCCUGCUCGCCAUUUACGCAUUACGAAAGGUGAAAAUGGACCAACGCAAAUUAAUGGACAACGCCAAUACCAUUACGGACAUGGCAAAGACCCAGAACACCGUUUACGAGAUCGUGUCCGACAUGAGUACUAGGCAGGACACCCUGGAGGACCGGCUCGGUACGCUCGAGGACAAGCUGGUCGCACUCCAAGAGCAGCUAGAGCUUCUACCCGAUCUAAUAGCUACUAGAAUACAAGCUCAUGCGGAGAAGAUGGAGCAAAGACGCAACUUCCUGCAUCCGGAGUCGGCGGCUGGAUUGCAGCAAGCCAGGAGCGUACCGCCCGCCUGCCCAUGGCCUGGACCAAGUCUGCCGCCCCUGACAAAACCUAUGUCUACAAUAGCAGCAACGCAAAGCUGAUUCCACACCGACGAAUAAAGUAUCACAGUAAAGCAACAAAGUAACUAGCUACAGAUGAGAGCUGCGAAGAAGGAUUCGAUUCAUUGCUUCAAUCGGGAGGCGGUCUCCGCGCGCGUUUUUAAUAAUACCUUUAGUUCUGCUCGCAUCCUUCGUCGACUUCGAUAUGCUUCAACUGCAUGGAGAUCCGCAAACUUCCCGAUUCCUAAAGUACUCCCUCCGCGAUAGUUUAAUCGAACAAAGAAAUAAAGA